GGUUUUUGUGCUAGCUAACUGUGAUCCUGUGUAACUACGCCACAGAUGAUUAGGUAUAAUCUGCAGACAUGGGCAACACAGCUGUCGCUUUUAGCCUCUGACAAGAUAACAAGGACCCUGCAGCUCCAGCAGAUCUGGCAUAUAGAUCUGACUUGGCACAGUCUGAUCUUUGUUACCGGACGGCUGUUGGAGUCUGUAGGUGGGUAGGAGAAGGAAGGUGAAACUGAUGGAGGAGAACCAGAGCUGGUGGACCUGUCCGCCAAUGCCUGUCACAUCAUACGUCUGCAGUGGGGACGUCUGAUAGCACUGAUGAGUGCUGGUAUCAGGCCUGCUCAUGCUUGUCCAAAUCCCAGAUUAAAGGCCUCCGCCCCCUUCGUUCUACCGUCCCUCCCACCCUCACACACUUACUCUUUCUCUGUAGCACUUUUACAAAGCAGCCACUGCACUUCUGUCACCUCACUCACUGUGUGUGUGUGUGUGUGUGUGUUUGUCCUAUUCCGUCUAACUCGGUGACAUUUCUGCAAACACCCAGUGCUGCCCACUCUGUCUCUGUAUCUUCAUUAUGUAACUCUGCCGAGUGCUGGACAAGUCAGAUCUGAAGCUGCUGAGGCACAGUGAGCUGGUGCAGUCUUCGACCAGAAUGGUGAGGUGGUUCCAUCCCAACAUCACUGGACUGGAUGCAGAGAAGCUUCUGUUGACCCGUGGAGUCCAUGGCAGUUUCUUGGCUCGACCCAGUAAGAGUAACCCUGGAGAUUUCACCCUUUCUGUCAGGCGGAAUGAUGAGGUGACCCACAUCAAGAUCCAGAACUCGGGUGACUACUAUGACCUGUACGGGGGCGAGAAGUUUGCCACGUUGGCCGAGCUGGUGCAGUACUACACCGAGCAACAGGAUCUGCUGCGGGAGAGGAACGGUCAUGUCAUCGAGCUCAAGUACCCACUCAAUUGCAAGGACCCCACAUCUGAGAGGUGGUACCACGGGCACCUCUCGGGGAGAGAUGCAGAUAAACUGCUGACUGACAAAGGCAAGCCUGGUAGUUUCCUGGUGAGAGAAAGCCAAAGUAAACCAGGCGACUUUGUUCUCUCAGUUCUCACCAAUGAAGAGAAGCAUGAAAACAUGGAUCGUAAGACCAAGGUCACGCAUGUGAUGAUACGCUACCAGCAGGAUGGUAAAUAUGACGUGGGUGGAGGUGAGAGGUUCGAUACCCUUGCUGAUCUGGUGGAUCACUAUAAGAAAAACCCAAUGGUGGAGAAAAGUGGCAUUGUGGUACAUCUUAAACAGCCGUUUAAUGCCACACGGAUAAAUGCAGCGAACAUUGACAACCGUGUACGAGAGCUCAACAAAGUAGCAGACAACUCUGAGAAACCCAAGCAAGGAUUCUGGGAGGAAUUUGAGGUGCUUCAACAACAGGAAUGCAAACUGCUGUAUCCCCGGAAAGAAGGCCAGAAGCCAGAGAACAAGAGUAAAAACAGAUACAAGAAUAUCCUCCCCUUUGACACGACUCGUGUGGUGAUUAGGGAGAGUGAUCCAGAUGUUCUAGGUUCAGACUACAUCAAUGCAAACUACAUCAGAUGUUUGCAUGAAGAAGGGCGCCACAUGGAGGAGGGCAAGGUUUUCAUCGCCACCCAGGGCUGUCUGCAGAACACGGUCAUCGACUUCUGGAAGAUGUUGUAUCAGGAGAACACACACGUCAUCGUCAUGACCACCAGGGGAAUCGAGCGAGGACGAAACAAAUGUGUCCAGUAUUGGCCCGACCCUUACUCCACCAAAGAGUUUGGGAUGGUGUUGGUGAGGAACGUUGAAGAGCUGCCGACCCAAGACUACGUCCUAAGAAAGCUGGAGGUGACUCAUCUGGACCGGAAGGAGCCUCUGCGGUACAUCUGGCACUUCCAGUACCUGAGCUGGCCAGACCACGGUGUUCCCAACGAUCCUGGUGGUGUCCUCUGGUUCUUGGAGGAGGUCAACCGCACGCAGAGCACCAUUCCAGACAGUGGACCUAUUGUCGUUCAUUGCAGUGCAGGCAUCGGCAGAACAGGCACCAUCAUUGUCAUUGACAUUCUCAUUGAUAUCAUUAAUCGCCAAGGUCUGGACUGUGACAUCGACAUCCCCAAGACCAUCCAGAUGGUUCGUCAGCAGAGGUCGGGCAUGGUGCAGACGGAGGCUCAGUAUAGGUUCAUCUACACAGCAGUGCAGCAGCACAUAGAGACGGCUCAGAAGAGACUGGAGGAGGAGCAGCGGGGUAAGACGAAGGAGCGAGAAUAUUCCAACAUCAAAUAUCCCCAGAUGACCAACUCUAGAUCCAAACCCAGCAUUGCCUCCUCUCGCUCUUCCUCUGUUUUGACAAACGACGACUCGUCCAGUGUCUACGAGAACAUAAACUUCAAAAGUCCUCAGUCGUCUUUUGGCAGCAACACCAGGAGAUAAAACCACCGUCACCACGGCUUCUCUGUCUGUCUCUUUUAGAAGUGCUGUGUCGGCAGCUUCUCAAAAUCCCUUGGGUGGAGGACGGAGCCUAGCUGUCUGACUACGACCCCACUACUAUGUGAACUGCGUAGGUCUGAAGCGGGCUCCCGAUGCUGACCCUGAAGUUGUCCUCUCCUUCUGUGGAGUGGAUUCUGCCGUAAAGUGCCUUCACUCGGGAUCUCUGUCCAUUUAAGUUUCUGUCCUUUAUUCCCUCAAAAAACUAGUUCAAGUGCCUGACCACAGGAUGUGCCUGUCGUCUACCCUCCUCCUAAAAACUUGCUGUUGCACUGUUACUGCAUUCUGGAAACACAACUCUCACAUAGGAAUCAACAGUUUUUCUCUGGGAUGACAGACUCUGGAAACAGAGUGGAUCCCUGGUCUGGGGAGAACUGUUUUUGUAGAACCUUAAGAGGGGUCAAAGUUCACGUUCCUGUCUGUUUUUUCACUCUCUCUCACCGUUCACGUCUUCACUAGCAGCUCUUCAAAACUCAAUCCUUCCACUGUUUCGGCUGCUUUCUCCCUCCAGCUGUGGCAGUUAAUAACUGGGCUGUUGAGUGACAGGUGGGACGGUUACAUAACCUGCACCAGAACAGAACAGAACAUUUCUAACUAGUUUCUCAUGGUCACAGACUGGUCUUCCACUUGAACAAGGCCCACUACAUAUUUUCUCGGCUCCUUUCUGUUUCCUAAUGAAUUUGUUGAUGCUGUUGGUGUCCUGGUUGUCUGGCAUAUAAAUGUGUAUUUUUUGUUGACAUAUCUGUAUUUAUGAAAGAGCACAAUUGUGGAUUUUUUUUGCACAACUGUCAAAGCAGAACACCCGAAAACUGCUGUUUUUGGUUUAUAAUGUUAGGAGGAAGUGAACCUCCUCCGACUCGUCUGGGAAUAUGGUUUGUAUUUAUGCAGACAGCAGGUUGAGAUCCCUGAGCGAGUGUUUGGAGGAGAGCUCUGAUAUCUGACCGUCAUGUCUGGGCUUCAUUUGUCCGGCUCUCCUGGUUAAUCAGCAGGUCUGAUGAGGUUCAACAUCUGUCGGAGGAGAUCGUCGCAAGGAGAUAAAGACAAAAAGGGGUCGGAGUACAGUGGGGCCAGAUGGCCAUCUGCCUCAGAUUGAGGAAUAGAUUUGUCUACGAAAAGUAAUUUAAAGGAUGGCCCUAAUCCAGGCCUGAUGAUAGUAGAGGGGGCGUGCUGACGUCACCGCUGUGAUAAGGAGCACGGUGGAGUCACACAACGCUCAGCUCGCUGGGAUGCGCUGCGCUGGGCGGCAGAUUGUGGGAUAUUUUUUCUGAUGUGAUCAUUUUCCCUUUAGACUUAAUAGAAAUGUAUCAGUAUGCAUUUGACCACAUUAGAGUUGUCGUUAUGAUAAUGUGUGUCCAUUAGCAGGAGUGACUCUGUGUUGUCCGUUUCUCUCUCGCUCUCUCGCUCCCUCCCUCGUUUGUUUUUAGUUUCUCGGAGAACGAACCUGAUCGACCAGAGAAAUUGUGUACCCAAGGAAGUUUUAAAUACGUUGGUCACCUGAUUGCCAGGUUUCAGACUGUCCCUUUUAGAAGUUCCUCAAAUGUUGAAGUUGUCGUUCUUGUGAAUGAUAGAUCAGUAUUUUCAGUUUAUGUCUUUGACACCCGCUGUGUGUGGUAUAUAGUGUUAUAUAUUAGUAUAUUAGUGUAGUGAUGUGCAUAAGUCUUUGGCCUCAGUUGUGUUUAGUGCUACUGAACCAUUACAUUUCUGAUUGACUUCAGUCUCCAUUCAUCUUGACCCUUUAAUUUCAUUAAGUAAAAUGCAAUAUGAAGUGCCAGAAGCUCAUUCUACACAACAUAAAGAUGCAGAAGGUGCAAAAAGCCAUGAAUGGGUGAAACGUUUAAUGUUAUUGAGCUUUGUAUUCUUAAAAGAAAUUGUUGAAGUAAAUGUUUCCACUGUCUGUAAUAUUUACAAAGUAUUGUAUAGUUACGGAUGUGUUGUGGAUAAUUUAGCAGAUGAUUUGGGUAAUAUCCAAAGUCUACUUUAUGGUACUCAGCUCUCAGGUUUAGAUUUAACUAUUUAAUAUAUUUCUAAGUUAACAAAUAUUGUUGUAAAAGUGCUUAAAAUUGACACUACUUCAAACAAUGUUUGAAGCUAAAUGUAAUGUCUUGUUAAUGUUGCUAUACUUUUCAGCCGGAGCCGCUUCACAAAUUCAGAGGUACAGUUAAAGGUGUAACAUCUUUAAGGAUGGUGUUACACCCACACCAUUGAUGCGUUCAGAAACAAUCUCAAGGAAACAAAAGAAAAUCUCUAAAUGCACUGAGAGUGGCCAGCGAAUGAACUGAGGUGUAAACAAAUGACAAAGCAGACGGUGAUCAAAGAUCAGCUUUGUAAUCCCUGCUUUCAAAGACUGAAGACUGGAUUUGUAAAUUACAAGUGUAUCAGGUUCUUUUGUGGUGGAACAUAAAAGAGCAGCAGAGCCCAAGACUUAUGCUCACCACUGUGUGUCUGGAGAAGUGGAGGUGAUCACUGGGAACUUUUUCCUUUUGUCUUUUCUCACAGCUGUGGUUGUGAUUUAUCAGACCAUUUGAUGAAUGAGAGGACAGUUCACUUGUGUUGUUUUGCUCUUUCUAAACUAUCUUGUUCUGUUUUAUUUUGUCAUGUUUUUUUUGUUUUUUUUUUAGCUUUUGUUGUCAAACAUCAAUACUUGAAAGUGUGGGACUGGCCUCCGGCUGCCUGGAUGUUCCCAUGGAUUUUGCUGUGUCUGUGUUUUACAGUUCUUGUUAUUGUUGCAGUCGCUGUGUCAUCCUGUAUUAUUUCUAAAUUAUUAUGUGGUUAAAGAGCACAGUUCAGUCUAACUGGAGGAGUGCUGUGGUGACAGGGUCGGUCUAAUUUACUCGUUCAUAUCAUAGAUCAUGAAUAUAUGAAGUGGAUGUUGCUGUUGGUUGUUACAAAAGGUGAAGCCCUUGACCAAAGGUCUCCAACUCAAAUAGGCUGAGGGCCACCAUCAUUUCAAAUCAAAGCCACAUCAGUAUUCAGUGUUCCAUACCAAAUAAUAUGAAUACUGUACAAUAGUACAGUGCCAACAAAUCUUUUUUUCUCUCUGAUUCUUAAAUGACUAACAUUUCGACUAGCAAAGUAUGUUAAUAAUUGGAAAGACAAAAGUAAAAAUAAAUGAUUACCCAUUUUUAAAUUAUUAUUGACAUCUAGUAAUGGGCCAGAUGUGGGAGAUUCCCGAGCCAAAAGUGGCCCCCCGGCCAGGAGUUUAAGACCCCUGCACUAUUAGUGGACUAAUCUUUUUAAGCAAGCAGUGUCUGAUUGGAUAACUGUUAAUUUUUGCUCGUACAGACUUGCAUCUUUCUGCUGCCCAUUUUUACUCCACAGUCCAUUUAUCUUUUAAAUUUCCUUGACUUGAUGAUGUUUUAUUUUUGACAUUUGUUCUCAGUGUAAGUGAGUAGUUGUGUACAUAGUGUUCCCAUUAAUUUUUGGUUUUCCUCUUCUUGCACUGGCUCUGCCCAAACACCUUUCUGCUGUACAGGCUGCACCUGCUGUUGCAAAGAACUGCCAGAGAGGGCACCAAAUGGUUUAUUAUUAUUCUUGUUAUCGUUUAAUAAAAUGAUGGCACUGUCAUUUUGAGUACUGAUCUCUAUUGUAUGUAAUAAUGUUAUAAAUGAAUUAUAUAUAAUAAUGUACUUAUUGUCUGUUAUAUACCAGUGGUUUUCUUACAGACAAUAGUGAGACAGUUUUCUAGAUUUUCAUCGUCACUACAUGGCAAUAAUGAAACUCAAUUAGCUGACAUGAGUUUAUCCACCGGAUGGAUUAUUUUAUAUCCUAUGAAAGUUUGAUAAAUUUUUUUUUUCUCCAUUCCAUUCUCUUUAUUAACUGAUCGUACAGUUAAAUAAAGACAUGAAGAGCUUUAUGUCAUCACCCAUUUUCUAAGGUACAUGAUUUUCUACGGUCUGUUGGAGACAAUGGUCAAACGUCUGAGUCGAUAAGUUGGAGUCACUGUGACGUUAUUGUGUCCUGCAACAACAUGUGACUCAGGGACUGAGGCAGGAAACUGUCACUAUUUCCUGCCAUUUGAGUCUAUAGUAACAGUGUUAAAUCUUGUCUGCUGUGACUGUGCUGUUAUUGAGUCACUCCUGUUUACUAGAAUUUCACAUUAGGAUCCAGGAAGUUCCACUUUUAUUAUUAUGGCUGCUCCACAACACAGACAUUAAAGUAUGUCCUUAUCAGCCGCGUCAUGAGUGAGCAACUCGGAAAAACCUGGAGUCAAAACUUUCCUUUGUCUGACGUCUGUUCCAAGAAUGAACGAGCAGCCAUUUCCUGUUAAGCCUAAGACUUUUACAGUCAGAGGUUCAAGGUUGAGAGAAGGAGGAAAUGACAGCGAACUGGACUGUGUAGCAAUUUACUGCUUUUGACAAAUGAAUGUGCUAGGCCGCUGUAAAUUGUGGCAAAUUUACUGCACGUGACAAUAUCAGCCUUGAUAACGAGGCUAUCAUGCAAGAGUGUUUUAUUUCUCACAAACAUGAUCAGAGGUGGUUUCUCACAUUCACCAUCACAGGUCUGUAAACAAGAACAAUGUCAUAAAACAGUGAAGACAAAUCAUCUGUACAGCGUAUAAAUACAGUUGACUUGUUAAGUGACAUUUAGUCAGUUUUUUUUGUUUUUUGUUUUUUUUUACACAAGCUGUUUAGUCCUAGACAAACUGACCAGAGUGUUAGUCAGUCAUUCUGGUUAUGAAGGCCGUUAUAUGAAUGAACGAGAGACUUUGUGCUUGUGGACAUGUGGUUUAUUUUAACUUAAACUGUUAAAUACUUUGAAGACUGUAGUAUGAAAGAUGGAUCAGCCGCUGUUGAAAUCUCAAGCCAACAGCAUUCACUGAUGUUGUGACCUGUUACUAAUAUUAUAUAUAUAUCCUCAUGUAGUUUCAUAAAAAAUAAGCUAAGCUAAUGUGGACUUCUGCCUCGACCUUCUCUGACCAAUACAGAACUCCUUUCAUAGUCUUUAGUAAGGAUUAAAACUAGUAGGUUCUCCGUGGUUUCCAUAACAGCCUCACAAUACAACAGCACAGCAGCUAACUUUUAACAUUAUUUUGUGUAAUACUCUGAGAGAACACAUAUUACAGCAGUAUUUUUAGAGGUCUUAUGUUAGGAAAAAAUAGAGUCCUGCUCUUUCGAGGAAACCCAUGGCUCCAGAGGUUGAGGGUUCUAUGCCAUGGUCAUAGUUUUGUGUUCACAGUUUCUUCAUGCAGGACACUUAAAAUACUCAUCAUACCAGGUGUUUUGGACACAGUCUGUCUGCUCCUAGUACCAGCUGCAAGCCUCGAUAAAUGCUGCCCUAAAAAAUUAUUUAUAAGUUAGGAUGUAAAGGAAAUGUGAAAUCUUGUCUAAAAAGUGAGAUCAAUGUCAGUGUUGAUUGUGGGUCCUGUGGUGUUCACCUCUUAAAAUGAUCUGGACACUGGUCGUAGCCCUGUUAAAAUAUUCAGAUUAUGAACUUUGUACCUGUGUGGCUCCAGUAAAUCCAACUUGUCCCCCAGGGAUAUGAAGGACAUGAAAUGUAAAAAAAAAAAAAAAUAGAAAAAGUAAAGAAAAGAUCGG